AUGGCCAAGGGCACCCGUUGCUUGGCGCUCUUCUUCUUGCUCCUCGGCGCGGCUGCUCCGGCGGUUUUGGCCGUCGCCGAUGGCCUAUUACCCAACGGAAACUUCGCGCAGGCGCCGGGCAAGUCCCAGAUGAGCGGCGCGGUGGUGACGGGACGCUACGCGAUCCCGUGCUGGGAGAUGUCCGGGUUCGUCGAGUACAUCCAGCCCGGCCACAAGGAGGGAGACAUGAUCCUGGCGGUGCCGGAGGGCGCCUCCGCCGUGCGGCUGGGCAACGACGCCACCAUCCGGCAGACGAUAAACGUCGUUCGUCAGAUGCACUACUCUGUCUCCUUCGUAGCCGCGCGGUCAUGCGCCCAGGCCGAGAAGCUCAACAUUUCCGUCGGCGACGAGUUCGGCGUGCUCCCCAUUCAGACCGUCUACACCAGCACAGGUUGGGACACCUACUCAUGGGCCUUCAAGUCCAGGCACGCCACCGUGUCGUUGGGCAUCCACAACACCGGCGUCGAGGAGGACCCCGCGUGCGGCCCCCUCAUCAUCGCCGUCGCGAUUAAGACCCUCAGUCCUCCCCAUCGCCCCAAGGGAAACAUGCUGAGGAACGGGGACUUCGAGCUGGGCCCGUACAUCUUCCCCAGCACACCGUGGGGCGUGCUGGUGCCGCCCAUCCUCGAAGACGUGAACUCGCCGCUGUCGGGGUGGAUGGUCAUGUCGGACACCAAGGUGGUCAAGUACGUGGACGCGCCGCACCACAAGGUGCCGCAGGGCGCGCGGGCCGUGGAGCUGGUCGCCGGCAGGGAGUGCGCGCUGCUGCAGGAGGUGCCCACCGUGAUCGGGUGGUCCUACAGGCUCUCCUUCUCCGUCGGCGACGCCGCCAACGGCUGCAGCGGGUCCCUGGCCGUGGAGGCGUACGCGGCGCGGGGGACGCUCAAGGUGCCGUACGAGUCCCACGGCACCGGCGGGUCCAAGCCCGCCGUGCUCGAGUUCACCGCGAUCGCGAACACGACGCGCGUCGUGUUCCAGAGCUCGAACCAUCUCAUGAAGUCAGACGCCACGCUGUGUGGGCCCGUCCUGGAUGAUGUCUUCCUCGUCCGGGUGCGGAAGCCCGCCGCCCGCCGGCUGCGUCGUUUGUAG